ACAAAACGUAGACGUGCCCGACCUAUUAACAAUCAUUGCUUCACAAGUGCAAGUAACAAGGAAGUAGUUUGAGUAAACAUUGAAUUCCGUAAAAUGUAUGGGAAAAAUUAAAUAGAAACGGACAAUGACUAAGGACUAACCGGAUCUUGAAUAAAACCAAAUGCACAAGCAAGUAAACUGCAAAUUAGUGUAAGUGUAAAGUGUAAGUGUAAAGUGUAAGUCUUAAGUGUUUGACUGUUUGUGGCUUAUAUUUUUGUAGUUUUAUAGACUUAUUUGUCACUCGUAACUGAAACUGUAGACUGUAGUUUUGUGUAGUUGUUUAAAAAAAAAAGUGUCACUAGACUGCCUGGAUUUCCCCAUCUAUGAUUAUCCAGGAUCUAAUUCUAUCCAUACUAUACAUAGUCCAUAGUUUUCCAUAGAUCUACUUGUACUUACAAAUAAAAAACUUAAUAUACCAUAAUGAAUAAUGGCACAGUAACUAUACCUCGGCCUGUCUUGUUGUAUAAGUUAGUAUAACCUAACUAAUUACUCCCAUAGCCAGCCUAUUGGCUAUAGUUUAUUAUGAUACUUUUUAUAACAGUAUGGGGUAUAGUAUACCUACUCAACCUACUGUCUAACUACUAAUGGUAUUGAAUACAUUAUUUACACAUUAUAAUUAUGAUUUAGACCAGUGGUCCCCAAAUGGCGGUCCGUGGACCUACACCGGUCCGCAUGGCUAACGCUGCCGGUCCCCAUAACAUCUAUAUUUAUUGUCUAUUAGAAAUAAAAGUAUAAAAAUAAAUCAUGCACCGGUCCUUGGUAAAAUUUUGAAACUUGUUCACCGGUCUGCCAAACUUAAACAUUUGGGAACCACUGAUUUAGACCAUUAGGCCUAAUUGACAUUUAGGUAUUUGUUUUCAUUUUCAGUACUGACAUUUAACAGUAUAUAUAUUUUAAUAACUUAACCCAGCUUGGCCAAUCCAAAACAAAUAGGUAAGUUUAGGUUUAGGAAAUAAUACCACUACUAGUUUAAUAUAUUUUUAGGAUUGAAUGCAGCUUAACAACACAAGUUUGUGCUGGGGCUUGCCACUCAUGUUUAAAAUCAAAAUCUACUUAGAAAGUUAGAACGAUUGGCAGAUCUUGUUUGGGGGUUAUCUUUUGAUUUAUAAAUACUAGUGAUAUUUAAAGUUAGUCUUGCUAGACUUACCAAGGGCAACAGUAGCCUAUAAAUUAUUAUUAGCCUAUACUAGUUACCUUAACUUAAGAAGGAUUCCUCAAACUUUUUAAUCAGGGGGCCGAUUUACUGUCUCUUAGACCCUUAGGUCGGCUUCACUGUCCCUCAGACACGUUAGGGCCCAGACUAUUAUUUGGAAAUAUGAUGAAUGAAUUCCUAUGCACACAUAUUGUAUGUAGUAAAAGAAAUGGUAAUAAGGGGCAGAAACUGCAAUCUGGUCAGCAAAAAAGGAAAUGAGUAAAACAAAGUAUGGACAUGGGACAACCUGAAAAGGGAAUGCAACAAAACAACAAAUGUGUCAGCAAGAAGCCUUCAUCAGUGAACAAACAACAGUAAAAACAGAAUUGAAUAAAAAUAACACUUAGCUGAAAUGUAGGGCAGCGAGUGGAAAAUUCUACUUUAUUACUUCAGGAAAUUUUAAGAAAAUAACUGGGGCAUUUAAUGUUCAUUUCACUGAUUAUUCAUAUGUCUGAAUUAACAGAUUAAUUCAUACAUCUGAAUUAACAGAUCAAUUCAUACAUCUGAAUUAACAGAUUAAUUCAUAUUUCUGAAUUAACAGAUUGUUUAAUAUGUCUGACUUAACAGGUUGAUUAAUUCAUUGUUAACUCAAGAAAUCCUUGUAAUAUUUGUAAAUGUAUUAGAAAAUACAAAAAUAGAUGAGGGAAAAACCUGAGAUAAGAUUUAAAAAACAAACACUACUGUCAGCAAAAAGCCUUUCUUCAGCUAACAAAGUCAUUAAAAAUAAAAGUGAGAAAUAUGGCAUUAAAUUUACAGGUUAAUUCAUACAUCUGAAUUAACAGAUUAAUUCAUAUUUCUGAAUUAACAGAUUGAUUAAUAUGUCUGACUUAACAGGUUGAUUAAUUCAUGUGUCUGACUUAACAGGUUGAUUAAUUCAUUGUUAACUCAAGAAAUCCUUGUAAUAUUUGUAAAUGUAUUAGAAAAUACAGAAAUAGAUGAGGGAAAAACCUGAGAUAAGAUUUAAAAAACAAAAACUACUGUCAGCAAAAAGCCUUUCUUCAGCUAACAAAGUCAUUAAAAAUAAAAGUGAGAAAUAUGGCAUUAAGCUAAAGAGUGUACAGAAAGAAAUAGAAAAACAAAAAAGAGAAAGAAAAAACAACAAUCACCCCCUUAUAAAACUUUGUAAAUGUAUGUUGAUAUUUAUAAUUAUAUAUUGAGGUUACAGUAGGCCUACGCUUUAGUCAAGUUUAUACAAAGUUGAUUUUUAAAAAAAUGAUUUCCAGGACAUUCCUGAUUAUUUUUGUGUCUCAUUAGUUUUAUGUUAAAGGAUAUUCAUUUUAAAAAUAUGCCUAGCUGCAUUUCACACUCGCCACAAGCUCCCCAGUGUUUAAAUACGUCAAAUAAAUCUGUGGUAGGUAAACUGUGGCAGUGUACGGAGUACCAGAACGUAUACAAAUUUUAAGAUGUUUCUACUAUCAUUAUCAAGUCUUAUCGUUCUGUGAUUAGUAGUUUAAAUAGUUUACAUAUUUUUCAUAAUUGUAAAGCGCUUAGAGCCGUAAGGUAAGCGCAAUAAAAAAAAUGUCUAAAUAAAUAAAUAAAACUCACCACGUCCAGUCAUAUAACUUGACAAAAACACAGGCCGAUCAGUUCACAAAGUUCACUCAGUACACUCAACAAUAAUUGUCAGUCAUACAUACUAUCAUAGUUAAUGAUAACCUCUCUAUAUACCAUAUGUUGAUGAUAAUGUAACAAAGCUAAAAAAAUUAAUUUUCUACAUUAAAAUAAUUUAUUCUGCCCAACGCUUCAUGCUUAUCAUCAUGUUUAAUAAUAGACCAGUAGUUCUCCUGUUGAGGGUGUCCGUUGUUGGAUUCACUUCUACAGAUAGUUUGAGUUGUCAAUUAUAAUUAAUCCGCUAUAAUUGUGAUUGAUUUUUAGUUAUAACAACUAAGAUUGGGUGCCAACAUUUUGCCCAUUCAGACUGUGCUUAUGGACGCAACAUUUUGCCCAUUCAGACUGUGCUUAUGGAUGUGGUUGCUUUGGAUAAGUACAAUAAAAAAUAUUAAUUUUUAAUUUGCUGUAUACUGUCAACUGCAGUUAUCUUUGGGUAGAAGUCCCGGGACAUCUCAACAUCUAGAACAGGGGUCUCAAUCUAAAAUCAUCCGGGGGCCGCAGGAGGUAGAGACUGGGCCACAUCAAGUAUUACACAAUUACAAGUAUUACAAAUUCAUUAAACCUUUAUUAAUAACAAAUAAAAAAAUUAAGGGUCCUCAAGAACUAGCCUUCACUUUCUUCCUCUUACUCCUUGUUGCCAGAGAUCUGGCUGCGCUUCUUCUUACACAGUUGAGCAACAUUUGGCUUGAGUGAGAAAGCAACUGAGAUGCUCAGUAUAGCUUGAAGAUGCUCAUCAGUAUGUUUGGCCCUGAAGUUUGACUUGUUAAAGUUCAUAGUGGAAAAGAGCUUUUCACACAGAUAGGUUCUCCCAAAGAAGCCACAUGAUCCACUUAAACAACCUGCAAAUCUUAGGGAAGAUUGAGGGCAAUGCUCUCAUAAAUUGUCCAUGCUUGUCUGUUUUUCCAUUCAUCUCCCUGAACUUAGAAUUGCACUGCAGAUCAAUUAGCUCCAUUUGAAGCCCAAAGGGGUGGGAAGGUGGGGGGGGGGGGUUGCAUCUUCCAAAUUGAAGAGGAAAUGGUCAGCAAAAAGUUGAAAAGUAAGUUACUCUGUCUGUUUUGAAGUCUAAAAACAUGUGAAAAAAUUCUUCCUGUAGCUUUGCAAUGGCAUCAGUAUACUUACUACUGAAGGGUGUUUGGGGGGGGAGGGGGGGGGGGGGGGGGGUUGCAUCUUCCAAAUUGAAGAGGAAAUGGUCAGCAAAAAGUUGAAAAGUAAGUUACUCUGUCUGUUUUGAAGUCUAAAAACAUGUGAACAAAUUCUUCCUGUAGCUUUGCAAUGGCAUCAGUAUACUUACUACUGAAGGGUGUUCCCGAGUCCAUGAGUACUUUCCAUGUAGGGAAAUGGCAGAGGUUUUUCUAAGAAUCAUAACACAAGUUUUGUGCAGAAUGCCCUGACAUUGUCAUUGGCAACACUGACAAGCUACCCCUGGUCUUGUAACUUCUUGUUGAGAACAAUCAGCUCCUAUGUAAUGUCAACAAGAAAAGCCAAGUCCAUGAGCCAUUUGGGAUCACUUAGUACAGGAACAAACACCCCAUCCUUCUCCAUGAAGGCUUUUAAGUAAAACGUGUUCAAACAGUAGGCAGGGGCAGGCAAUAUUUAUGAAUUAUUGAUGCGAUGGAAGAUGCUAUUGUAGGGGGAAUAAAUUUUUAUUUUUUUAUCGAAAAAAAGGUCUUUUAGACUAACCCUAUUUUGAAAGUGACCAAGCUGACAGGCUCGGAAUUUUUCUCACUCGUAAACACUAGCAGCAAUUUUAAUAGGGAUUCUUUGAUACUGUGUCAUGUUGCAACGAUUUACACAAUUAUGAUUGUGCAUUACCCACUAACUGACUUUUUAAAUGUUUCUCAAAACCGCACUUUGGCCAUAUGUUUGUCUCAUAAAAUGCUAUGAAAUAAAAACUUUAAGUCCGAUUUUUUACAACACUUUUUAACAUUAUAAUCAAUUUCUAAAUCUAAACAAACAAAAUGCAAAUCAGAACUAGAGUAGUUGGUGAGAUUCUACUGAAACAUUCGCUGAUCAUCACAUUAUAGAUAUAAGAAUGGGGAAAAUGCGCGGGGCGCAUUAAUAAUAAACUUUUCUGUCAUGUAGCAUGCCCCAAAAUAUCAUCUUGUGGGCCGCAAAUGGCCCACGAGUUUGAGACCUCUGAUCUAGAACAUUUGAGUAAGAUUUACAUUAAUUGAAAACAGGUACAGCAAAACCUGGCUUGGCAGCUCAAGGAGUUGUUUGAAUUAAUUUAUGAUUUUAAAAUUAUUUUAAUUACUGCAUACAAUAAAAGUCAUUUUAAAACUGUCCACAUAAUUAAAAAAUAAAAUGGUGUAUGCUCAGAUAAUGGUGCUUAAUUUCGGUUUUAAUAAGUUAGAAUUUAGUUAAGACUGGCUUACUUUGUGAAAUAAAGAAAUAACCAGGAAAUAAAUAAUACAUUUUCAACUAAAUGUAGGCCGAGUUUGGUGGGUAACUUCCUUGACAGAGCGCGGGGAAGGGCGGGGGCGCCUGUUUGCUCAAUGCUGCCAUAUUCUAGCAUUUACAAGUAAAUAGCAGCAUCAAAUACCAGGAAUAGAAAUAUCGUGUCUAUGGAAGGUAGAUUUCUGUGUAUUUUAAGUUAGGGGGAAAUCCUAACUGGUUUACCAGGGAUGGGAAUUUUAUUUUUUACUCUACUGUACAACAUUUAUGUAACUGGAGUCUGACUGUAUGGACACAUUCAAAUCAUGUUGAUGAAAACAUAAUUAUCUCAAGAGUUGGGAUAUAUCAGAAAUCAUAUGGGGUUGUUCUUUUGGAUAAUAAAUGAAGUACUGAAAUAAAUGUGUUAGGUUAGGCAUUACAUAAAGUUGUGUUUAGGCUGAAAGCUUGCAAGGUGGAUGUGCUAAUGGGUUUAUCAGACGUCUCAUACAUUUGUGCUUUCAUUAAUACAUGGACUAUAAAAGAAAAAAAUAUUUGGAUUAAUUUAUUUUUAAUGAGUUAAUCAUGCCAGAAUUUGGGGCACGGUGGCAAAACUUGAGUAGGAUAUGAAAUAUGUUUAUGCAGAAUUAGAAAUGCUUUUGUUGGAAAUUAAAUAUUUUUAUUGUAAGCUCAUUUAGUACAGUAACAUGGAGGAGGCACACGGAAAGCAAUUGGAAUGUACAUAAUUUAAUUUUUUUUAAAUGUUUUUAUUUCCAAAUGACUCAACAAGAUUUCAAAGAUGACUUUCAUUAAUUUGAAUGCUCACUUCUCUUCCAAUGUUUACAGUUCGAGCAGUGAUCCUUAAAUUAGGACAGCACAUUUUUGGCUCUAAUUGACUUAGAUCAGGAAAGAUAACUGAACUUUUAAAGAAUUGAACUAGCUGAGAUUUUAUCUGAAAACAGAUUAUUUCCAGAAUGGAAGAAGAGCUGAACUGGAGGCAUUAUUUGAAUCCUGAGCACUAUGAUGUCCCGCUUCAUGCUCUCCGUUACACUGUUAGCAAGCAAAUGUCUCUGCAUUUGGAUCAAGAUGCAGUAAUUCACGAUGGCAUAAUUCCAAACUUUGGAGGUCUAGCAGAACUCAUUGGAUUUAGUGGCCUUGAAAUUUCAGUAAGCUGAAAACCUUAAUUUUUUUUUUACAUCCUUUUAUACAUGAAACUUUAGUAUUUUUUAUGUUAAUUUCAUUUAAUUUAAAGAAAAGAUUUCAUAUUUUAAAAAAUUAUCAAAUAAUUCUGUUGAAAAUAUAUUAAAAUAGAUUUCGACGAUUUGUAUGCCUUGCUCAUAAUAAAAUGCCAUAAAUCAGAGUUUUCAUAACUUUACGUAAAUCAUUUCAUUUUCUUCUACCAGCUGUCGCAGCAAAAAAUUAAAAACCAUGUCACUUUUAGGUUUGGUGAUUCUUCUUGGUUAUAAUUAACCAUUCAUUAAUCAAACCUAUUCUAAAAUAAAUUCCAAUAGGCUUUUGAAAGAGCAGAGAGUCCCACACAAAAACUUUUGUCAGAAUGGAAAUUUCAGCCUCACUUGAAACCUACUGUAGGAAGGUUAAUUGAAUUCUUGGCCAAGUUGGGCAGAGAAGAUGUCCUCACAGACUGCAAUAACAAAAUUCGUAUGUGUCUCUGUUUAAGUUUCUAAAAAUUUAAGAAUAAAUUUGGACAAUAGGUUGUACAUUUGGACUAUUGGUAAUAUAGUUUAAAUACUUGCUAACAUUUGAACAAUAGUAAAUAAGGUUAAAUUGAUAAAAUAUUAAAAGCUGAAAAUGUUUGAUUUUUUUAACUUUUAUAUCUCACCUGCUAAGGAUAUUUCUUAAGCAAAUCAAAAGGUGGAUGCAAUUUCUAUAAAACAAAUAUUUAAAAAUUUAAGAAAUCAUUUUUUUGGCCACACACAUAUAACUUUUUUUUUUGUGUAUGUAUAUUUUUAAACAAAUAUAAAAAAUAUCUAAUCAUACACCUAUAAUAAUUAUGAAAUAAUAAAUUGAUGGAGGGGCUAGAUGUCAAGCUCACUUGAAAGAAUGAAUAAAUUUAAGAUAAACACUCCAUUAUAUAUUCUUAAUUUAAAUAAUUUGUCAUUUAAUCUCAUCACUUCCUCUAUAUUAGAUAAAAAACAUUAAUUUUAAUUUUUUUUAAAAACAGAGUCAGAAAUAAGAGAUUUUUUAAACAAAAAAGAUUUCGAUUUACAGAAAGCUCCCAUCCAAGAUGAAACAGGUAAAUUUCCUUAAUUUCCUGUUAGAUCUUAUAACAAUUAUCCUUGCCAACUGUUAUGCAGCUUCGUUAUUUCCAUCACUUUUUCACUAUUAGCUCAUCCGUCGAAAUAGAUCAUUCAUUUCAGCCAUUGGAUUUGUGCUGAUUCUGAUUCUGCCUGUGGGUGCACUGAUGGUUGAUGAGACAGAUUUUUGCAAAAAAUGUUCUUGUGCAGUAGGUGCAAAGGGAGGAUGGGACAUCUCCAUGUGCAGAGUUUACCAGGGCUUUUCUGGCUUGCCUUUUUGCUCUGUGGGCUUUUUUGCUCUGCAGCUACUGGUUCUUUUGGGUUCAAGUUGUAUGGAGCCUUUGGGUAAAGAGACACAACAUAAUGCUUGAAUCUUUGCCAAAUCUUACCAUGUUUUCUGGUUUAUAUCAAACGCUUUCAUUGAAGCUUUUAUAUUGUCUUUAAAGCAUUGACUCUGCCCAUCAGCAAACUGCCUUCCAUACUUGCGCUCUCCAUAAAUAAUUAUUUUGAGCUAGUGGUCAUCUGAGAUUCUUAAAACAUGUCCUGCCCAUUGAGGCUGGGACUGCAUUAAAAUGGUAAAGAUGCUGGGGGAGACCUGCCUGUGCGACUACCAAUGUGAAAGUUGCCUGAAAGGGGUUCAACUUUCCCGCAUGGCCUUGGUGUACUGUACAUGUUUCACAGGCAUAAAGAAGCAUAGGGAGCACAGCCACCCUGUAGACUUUUAGUUUAGUUUGAGUUCUGAUACCUCUCCUGGUCUAUAUAUUCCUAGGCAUUUUGCCAUAGGUUGCAUGGCUAUUGCAAUAGGAAUGUUAACCUUAGCAUCAAUAGUUGCUUUUUGGAACAGCGUGCUGCUAAGGUCGGAGAAGCUGUUCACCACUUUAAGCCUUUUCCCUUAUACAUUGAAUGUUGGGUUCACUGUUAGGUUUUAUUACUGCCAUGUAGGUUUUAUUACUGCCAUGUUUACAUCACUGUUUUAUUAUUAAUAUUUUGGGCUUAUUUUCCAGUGUCACAAGGCCCUGGCUAUGAAAUCAUUCCAGAUCAAAUUACUGUAGAAGAUGGUAAGGAGAUGAUUUUUUAUUUCAGUGCAGUUACGUUAAGCAUAUUUCCAAUUUAUCUGUUAUUUCUGUUUCUUAAAUAUUAAAUUUUUAUUUAGUCAUUAACAAUUGAACUUUUUCAAAAAAAUAUAAUAUCAGAAUUCUGUCAUGGUUUGAUUUAGUGACAUCAAUGGACAGGUGGGUGGAUUGGUCAGCUUUGUUUUAGUUGAAAAGCUACAGGUGAUUGGGAAGGAGUAACACAAAGUAAGCGAAAACUUAUAACCAAAAGAAAAGACAAAACAAAAUAGUUGGCCAAAAGCAAUCUUCAGUUUAAAAAAAACUGUGAGGGACAAGAUAGAAAAAAUGACAUAAAACUAACUCAUUAAAUAGGGUGCCGUGGCUACUCCAGUUUGUUUCUCCUUGGGCUACACAGCAUCCCAACUUAGAAGGGUCAAUCUCAAAUUUUCAUUAUUUUACAGUUAUGACUGGUAAACAGACCAAUUAUGAUGCCUACAUUUGCUUCAAUCCUUAUGGUACAAGUACCAAAGAUCUUGAGUUUGUCCGUGAGCUGAUUGAGCGGUUUGAGAAACCUUCUCAGUACAACAAUCGCAAACCAUUCAAAUUAUUUGUGCCGUCCCGUGACGACUUGCCAGGAUUCAGUGCCCACACAAUCAGUGCCAAGAUUAUAUCUGAAAGGUAACAAGAAUGUUUUAAAAAAAUAAAAGUUUUCAAGUACCAUUUCAAUCACAAGAUCUGUCAUUCCUCUACACAUAAUCACACAAUCAGUAAGUUGUGAAUCCAGCAAAUUUUGAUAGAUUGCAAGCCACCUAAAGACUAAGCUGAGUAACACUUUUUUUUAGCUCAGUUGUGUUCUGCGAGCUGAAGAUUCCCAUAAAAGCACUGCCCCCAUAAAAUUAAAAUAAUGUUUUUAAAAACAUAAAAAUAACCAGCAAUAACAAUGUUUUAAUUAAUUUUUUUAAAAAUUCAGUCCAUUCAGAAACAGCAAUAAACAGCAAUAAACAGAAAUAAACAGAAAUAAACAGUAUGCCAGAGCGCUCCCUCAAACCCCAUGGGUAGGGAACUCAUUUAGUGCUACAAAAAAUCUCUUUCAUACAUUACUUAGUAUUCUACACUUUUUUUUAAAAUGGUGAUAUGAAAAGACAAUUAUCAAAAAUUUUCUGUUGACAGAUGCAGACAUAUGAUUGUGGUGCUAAGCUGUAACUUUCUCCAAAGUGAGGCAUGUGAAUUUCAGAGUGCAUUUGCCCAUUCAUUAUCCCCAGGUAUAUUAUUUAAUAUAUUUGAUGUUUUACAAUGUUAGUUUUAUCUUAAAGGGAACAUUUUCCAGGUCAUUUUUGCAAAUCCUCAAAAUGUUUGAUUGAUUUAGACUUGAAUGAUUUAGACUUGAAUGAUUUAGACUUGAAUGAUUUAGACUUGAAUGAUUUAGACUUGAAUGAUUUAGACUUGAAUGAUUUAGACUUAGACUUGAAUGAUUUAGACUUGAAUGAUAUAGACUUGAAUGAUUUAGACUUGAAUGAUUUAGACUUGAAUGAUUUAGACUUAGACUUGAAUGAUUUAGACUUGAAUGAUUUAGACUUGAAUGAUUUAGACUUAGACUUGAAUGAUUUAGACUUAGACUUGAAUGAUUUAGACUUGAAUGAUAUAGACUUGAAUGAUUUAGACUUGAAUGAUUUAGACUUGAAUGAUUUAGACUUAGACUUGAAUGAUUUAGACUUGAAUGAUUUAGACUUGAAUGAUUUAGACUUAGACUUGAAUGAUUUAGACUUAGACUUGAAUGAUUUAGACUUGAAUGAUAUAGACUUGAAUGAUUUAGACUUGAAUGAUUUAGACUUGAAUGAUUUAGACUUAGACUUGAAUGAUUUAGACUUGAAUGAUUUAGACUUGAAUGAUUUAGACUUAGACUUGAAUGAUUUAGACUUAGACUUGAAUGAUUUAGACUUGAAUGAUAUAGACUUGAAUGAUUUAGACUUGAAUGAUUUAGACUUGAAUGAUUUAGACUUAGACUUGAAUGAUUUAGACUUGAAUGAUUUAGACUUAGACUUGAAUGAUUUAGACUUAGACUUGAAUGAUUUAGACUUGAAUGAUUUAGACUUGAAUGAUUUAGACUUAGACUUGAAUGAUUUAGACUUGAAUGAUUUAGACUUGAAUGAUUUAGACUUGAAUGAUUUAGACUUAGACUUGAAUGAUUUAGACUUGAAUGAUAUAGACUUGAAUGAUUUAGACUUGAAUGAUUUAGACUUAGACUUGAAUGAUUUAGACUUAGACUUGAAUGAUUUAGACUUGAAUGAUUUAGACUUGAUUGAAGGAGGUGCUCUUAUAAAGGAAAUAGCUUGUGUGUAACUUUGGCACUGUUUCAGUUACUUUAGAAACCAUCAAAGGCUAACAUUCUUUGCCUUUUGAAUUUUAAGUCAGAUGAUAUUAUGGAGUUGAUAAACAAUAAAGGCUUUUCCUAUUUUGAAUGUCUUGGAAAAGAUUAGUUCAUUCCAGGAAUUUAGGAGAAAUAUUUUUGCAAUUUUUAUUUUGCAGGCAAAUCAUGUGUAUUUAAUUGAAUUUGUAGCAUCAAGUGUGUACAUUGGAAUUUUGAAAGAAAUGAUUUUUAAAAAAAAUAUCUUGUUAGUCAAAUUGGUCAAGAUAGCCUCAUAAAAAGAUUGCUGUACAUAUUGUGGGAAAAUUUUAAAAAAACAUGAUAAAAUCCAUCAGUAUGGACCAUGCAAUGAUAACUGUUAGAAAGAAAACAUGUUACAACCGUACAAUGCCAGACAGAAUCUUUCCACCAUUAGCUAUGCCCUUAUGAAGAUCUCCCUUUGUCUAAUAUAGAAUAUUUCCACUACUAGUGAACCCUUAUCGAGAGCUUCCUUUGUCUAACAAAGAAUCUUUCCACCAUGAGCGACACCCUUAUCAAGAGAAUCUCUCCACCAUUUUCAAUUCCCUUAUCAAGAGAAUCUUUCCACCACUAAUGACACCCUUAUCAAGUGCUCCCUUUGUCCAAUACUCACUUAUUCUGGCAGUAUUUCAAAAGAAAAAUAUGCAAAAUUGUUUUUUUUUAAAAAAUCAUUCAAUUAUAUUCCUAUUUCUGUGCAGGUGCCAGGAACAAAAGAAUAGUUCCCAUCAGGAUUGAGGAUUGUCAAGUUCCCAACAUCCUGAGAAUAAUGGCCUGUUGUGAUUUCACAAAGAAGGAUUUGUGGGACUGGUCUUGGCAAAGAUUGGCAAAGUCUAUCACUGUGCCUCUUAAUCCUGAUGAUUUUCAGGUAAGUGAAUUAACACAUUCUAGUCAACAUUUGUACUGUUAACAAUAUUUUGAUAGAUGAAUUAAAAAACAGUUUCUUUUAUCUGGUAAAAUUGCUGUACCGAAGUAUUUUAAAUGUUACUGAAGUCAGUCUCAUUUCUGUCUUGAAUUGGGACAUCUCCAUAGAUAAAUAAUGUCCCAUUUACUUCAGUUAAUAUGACAAACUACAUAUUCAGCAUCCCAAACAAAUACUGCAAAACCUAACAGUGGAGUCAUUUGAAAUGUUCAGAAGUAUAUUGUUAAAGUGCUUAAGAGCCAGAAUUUGCCUUGAUGCAGAUGUAACGAUCAAGACACGCCUGACAGCAGUGCGUGGUGUAACCAUUACAUUGUAUUGACACAAGGACAAGUUCUGCCUGUUAACAAUUUCAUUUUUAUAUCCUUUUCAAUUUCUGCAGCUCGCAGGUGAAAGUGCAUGUCAGAGCUUUCAACUGACAAGAUCUGGUUCUCCGAGUCCAGACUCUGGCUUCUCUAGUGUAUCAGUAAGUUAUCAGACUUUAUCAGAGUUUUAUUAUGAUUGAUACCAUGGUCGGCUUUAAAAUUAAGUUCAUGAUGUGAAGUUUUUUUUGUCUGCCGAUUUUAACCCAUGGGUUUUUACUCCCAGUCCUGAAAAUCCUUUAUGAAUUAAACAACAUUGACAUUAUACCUUGCCCUGCUCCAAGAGCCGGAACACCCAGUAUGCACAUCUGAAUGGUCAGUUUAGGGCAUUUUUUUUUAUGUGAGGUAAAAAAAUAUUUUUUGAUAUGUGUUCUGUUUAAACAAAAUAUAAUUAUGGAUAAAUGAACAUUGAUUCACAAAUAUUUUACAAGUCUCCCAAAAGUGAUAGACCCACAUGUUUUAUUGUAUACAAUGAUAAGAUACAGAAUUGAUUAAACAGAACCGGACCCAAUUGAGGAUGUAGUUACACAGAAUGACAAAUUGGACCAAAUUGAGGAUGUAGUUACACAGAAUGACAAAUUGGACCAAAUUGAGGAUGUAGUUACACAGAAUGACAAAUUGGACCAAAUUGAGGAUAAUUGAGGAUGUAGUUACACAGAAUGACAAAUUGGACCAAAUUGAGGAUGUAGUUACACAGAAUGACAAAUUGGACCAAAUUGAGGAUGUAGUUACACAGAAUGACAAAUUGGACCAAAUUGAGGAUUUAGUUACACAGAAUGACAAAUUGGACCAUAUUGAGGAUAUAGUUAUACAAAAUAACAAACUGGACCAUAAUGAGGAUGUAGUUACACAGAAUGGCAUACUAGACCAUAUUGAUUAUGUCAUAAUACAGAAUGACAAAAUGGACCAUAUUGAGGAUGCUAUAACAGUAGAAUUUGCUUUAAAAAAACAAAACAAAACAUUAAAAAAAUGUUUUUUCAUAAACCAGGUGUGUGCAAGCGUUACGUCAAGAGGACUUAAAAAUUCAAUAUAUUCAAUAUUAAUAUCCCUUGAUUACUAAUAAAUCAAUACAUGAAAGACAAUGUAGCUAAAGCUAUUUUUAACUUUUUAAACUGAUUCUUUUUUAGAUCCAUCUCUUGCUCUAGCUUAGCCAUUUCAAUUUCAAAACAUCAACAAUUUAUCUGGUAAAUGAUGCUGGAAUUAGAUCCAACUCUAUCUCUAGCUUAGACAUUUCAAAACAUCAACAAUUUAUCUGGUAACGGAUGAUGGAAUUAGAUCCAACUCUAGCUCUAGCUUAGACAUUUCAAAACAUCAACAAUUUAUCUGGUAAAGGAUGGUGGAAUUAGAUCCAUCUCUUGCUCUAGCUUAGCCAUUUCAAUUUCAAAACGUCAACAAUUUAUCUGGUAAAGGAUGGUGGAAUUAGAUCCAACUCUAGCUCUAGCUUAGACAUUUCAAAACGUCAACAAUUUAUCUGGUAAAGGAUAGUGGAAUUAGAUCCAACUCUAGCUCUAGCUUAGACAUUUCAAAACAUCAACAAUUUAUCUGGUAAAGGAUGGUGGAAUUAGAUCCAACUCUAGCUCUAGCUUAGACAUUUCAAAACGUCAACAAUUUAUCUGGUAAAGGAUGGUGGAAUUAGAUCCAACUCUAGCUCUAGCUUAGACAUUUCAAAACGUCAACAAUUUAUCUGUUAAAGGAUGGUGGAAUUAGAUCCAACUCUAGCUCUAGCUUAGACAUUUCAAAACGUCAACAAUUUAUCUGGUAAAGGAUGGUGGAAUUAGAUCCAACUCUAGCUCUAGUUUGGAGAUUUCUAAAGAGAAAAACUGAAUCACCCAUGUUUUUGUUUUCCCAACGUAAUUUGCAAAUACUGUGCACUGUGCUGUACUUAAAAUCAUGUGAUUGUAGAUAGCAACAUUUGUUAAGAUCCGGUCAAUGUCGAUAACAUAAGCAGUGCCAAUGUAUCUGCUUUGGCAUGUAACAUAAAGAGUGGUUUUGCAGCGCAUAAUAAGCUUUCUCACGUUCUGUUAUUUACAAAACACUUGUUUGAUGAUGCAAUUUCAGUGGUAAAUUUAAAGAUAAUGUUUCAGAAAGAAUGAAUUUGGCUUGUCCAAGUGGCGCUUCAGUUAACAGGACCAAGAGGAACACUAACCCAAGUGUGGGUUCAAGAAUUUCUAAUCAAACAAAAGCCUCAACCCUUUCAUUACCGCUGGUGUUGGGGGGUUGGGGGGGGGGGCAAUCAAUUUUUGAUGACUCAGCAAUAAAAAAGUUUUAAAAAAGAAGAAACUUUUGGUAGUUUUCAUGCUCUAUCCACUGUCCACUGUCCGAUUGGCUUAUUAACUUCUCUAUAGUUUUAGGAAUAAAGAAGUAUCUAGCACUGAAAUAAGACGUCGACGUGACGUCCUUAGUAUUUCAGAAAAGUUCUUUGCCUCUUUGUUAUGACGACAAUGUGACGUCCUUGGUAAUUGAAAGUGGGUGGUCGUUGCAUCGAGUUGACGUCAUCGGUAACGAAAGAGUUAAUUUUUGGGUAGAAGAGGAGAAUGAGUAGAGGUGUUGAAUUUUUUUACAAUUUUGUUUGUCCAUGUAACAGUCUCUUUAACCUUUGACAUCCUUAAGUCAUUUACAGAGCAUUGAUUUGCUUUACUUCACAACUAGACCAAAGUUAAUUUUUUUAACAAUUUUUAAAAUUACAUUUGCAGCUAAUGAUGGAUCAAAGAAUAGUUAGAAACAUAUCAGAACCUGAAUUCUGGCUCAUUUCUUUUAUUAAGAUCAUAUAGCAAUAAAAUCCCAACAUAUUUUCUUAUCAUUCCUCUUUCCACCUACUUGCAGCGAUCACGGUCAGGGAGUCAGUACAGUAACAUCACAUCUCAUAUGGCAGGUAAAUAGUUAAAUAAUCCUUUGGUAUGUUCCAUAUUGGACAUGCUACUGGAGCAAAAUUAACUACCAUUUUAAAAAUUAUUUUUUAUUCGUUUGAUAAAAUCCAUGUGUGCAAUUAAUAUUAUGAGCUAUUUAAAUCUGAAAACAUAUAAGGUUCAUCAGGGUUGGUUAAUUAUAAAAAAAUACACCCCCCCCCCCGAUAAAUCUUUGAUCUGACAAUGGUUGGUCCUCAUGUACCCCAGGUAUGUAUGGACAAUGGUUGGUCCUCAUGUACCCCAGGUAUAUAUGGACAAUUAAAAAAAAACACCCCCCCCCCCCCCGAUAAAUCUUUGAUCUGACAAUGGUUGGUCCUCAUGUACCCCAGGUAUGUAUGGACAAUGGUUGGUCCUCAUGUACCCCAGGUAUAUAUGGACAAUGGUUGUCCUCAUGUACCCCAGGUAUAUAUGGACAAUGGUUGUUCUCAUGUACCCCAGGUAUAUAUGGACAAUGGUUGGUUCUCAUGUACCCCCAGAUAUAUAUGGACAAUGGUUGGUCCUCAUGUACCCCAGGUAUAUAUGAACAAUGGUUGGUCCUCAUGUACCCCAGGUAUAUAUGUACAAUAGUUGGUCCUCAUGUACCCCAGGUAUAUAUAAACAAUGGUUGGUCCUCAUGUACCCCAGGUAUAUAUGUACAAUAGUUGGUCCUCAUGUACCCCCAGGUAUAUAUGGACAAUGGUUGGUCCUCAUGUACCCGCAGAUAUAUAUGAACAAUGGUGCCCUUUUUGAGAGUCCCUGAUUUUAUCAGUGUUGUCAUUGUGGGAUUAAAAACAUGAGACCCCCAGUCAUGUUUUUUGCAUACAAGGUUUUACCAUCCUAUUCACUAUUGUAUGUUCUGCUAGAUUAGUAAAUUCUUAAAGCGUUCAGGCCAGCAAAUAUGACUGACAUAAACAUUUCAAAAUGCACUUCAUUCACUUCAUUUUUUUCUGUACAAUUAAAAGUUCAAAUAAUUUUUUAUUAUGUGAGUGUAAAAAUCUCUUGUCUGUGACCAGGGUCAAGCUCGUCUUUAAACAUGGAACCCGAUCCACCCAAAAAGGCCCACUCCAGCCCAAAUCUACUGAAAAAGGUUACAGGAAAGUUCAAGAAAUCAAAGGACAAGCCAGCCACAAGUUCUUUUUAAAUGAACGAUUUUUGAGUGUUGACCAUUGACUUAACAAAUGUGGACCAAAAAUUUGUUGAUCUGAAAGGGGCCAGGACUGAACAGUUUGUUCUGUUAGAACCUGAUGGGUAAACAUUUGAAGCAAUGUAUGUAGUGUAGUGGUGAACAGAUUCAGAAUAAGGGUGAUUUGUGUCAGUUGGCCUGAGCCUCAGAGUCUCUGGGUACUCUAAUUUACACAUGAAUCUAUUUUUAACUAUUGAAUGAUCAGCCUAUAACAUUCUAAAUUUUGCAAAAAGAGAUAUUCUGUCUUUGCAAUAAUGAUUUUUUUUUUAUUAAAGUGUAAAUUUUAGAAAUGUCAAAUCUAAACAUUUUUAUGACUUUGUUUUGAGGGCUGAGAUGCUUUUAAUAAUACACAAGAAAAUGCCUUUUGAGAGAACUAGGUGAUGGUGGUUCCCCUAGUUUACUUCCAGUCUUUAUAUAUAAGUUAUAGUUCUGUAUCUACAUAGCUGAUAUAAGGAUAGAUCUUUGUAUAUAUUUUAUUCAAUUUGUCUUAUUUUUUUAUUUAAAUUUAUUGUGAAAUAAAUUUUUUAAUAAAAUUAAAAUGAAGCGAAACUGAAAAUGAUUUGACCCAAUUAGGCACGCAAAGGUUGUUUUCUCAUUGGUUUAUUUUUUAGUUUUUAAAAAAAUUAUUUUCCCUGCGUUCUGGUUGCUGUCUUCUUAAUUGUUUGAUAAUUUAUUGAAAGUAAUGUUAGGAAGACUUUAAGGCGUACCAACAGAGAUUUCAUAUUAUCAUCACUAAGAGUGAGACAUGUGGACCAUGGUGAUGAAUGACGUCCACCCAACAUUGUAUUUUUUAUUUAUAAAAGAAAUGUUCUGUUCUUUAAUUCUAAAAGACUUUUUUUUCUUUCAGUGAGGAUCCCAGUCCCCCACCCCCGUUAAACUAUUAUUUAAAUUCAAUAAAGAAAAGUGUAAAAAAAUUACUGGUUUAGCUAUUAUUACAUUUUAACACGGCUUGCAGAUAUUUUUUGUUGGUUUAGAAAUUAGAUGUAGCAGGUUCAUUUUUUUCAUCAAGACUGGAACAUAUGUCUGUGUAUAUCCUGAACUUUGGAAAUCUAAUGUUACCAGAUUUCAAGCAAAUUCAGUUUAACAUUAUUUGGAUCUGUCAUCAUUGUGUUAUCUUCCUGUGAUAAUCAAGUGAGGGUUGGAUAAGUUUCAUCUUCCUCCAUUUAAUUUUUAAAUUCAAAAGCUAAACAAAAUUGUCACAUGAAGUUUAAUAUCGAUCAAUAUUUUAACCAAAUUUUAAUGAGCUGUUGAACUUCAAGGGUUAUUUAACAAUAAUACAAUAAUAUAUUACCACUGGAAAUUUGUUUCUGUUCCAGUUUUCUUGGACGUAGCUUUUAGGCUGCAGCCUUCAAUAUAAAUAAUAAUGAUGAUUAUGCAAUGCCCAACUGUCAUGUUUUGUUUCCAUGUGGGUUUCCCUAAACAAACUUUGUUGAGAUCUUAAAAUCUAGGUCAUAUUGGUUAGAAGGCUACCAGGAAGUCUAUUAUAUAGGCCUGUGGGUUAUAUUUAGUGUUCACCUUAGCUGUUCAUGAGGCACAUCAAAUGGCUGGGGUCGUAAAUAUAAUCUGAUAUAUUAUCUUAAGGAUUGGUCUUGGAUCACUUCCAGGAUAUAUUGAUAAGGACAUGGAUACAAAGGGUCAACACACAUCCUGGUAUGAUAAUUUUUGUAUGCAUGACAAAGGAUUCAGUCUCUGCAUCAAAGAGUGUGCAAACCGUUUUUAAUUAUUUUUUUAUUGAUGCAGCCCACUGAUGAAUAAUCUAAUUGUAGAUAAAUCACAGGUUGUCUCAGCCUCUGGUCAUGACCCCCCAGGUUGGUGCACCACUGCUCUAAAAUGCAUGUGUUCCACCUGCUGUUUUGAGUAUACACAAUGAUCAUACCUAGGAUCUCAUUCAGCCAAUUGUCAUACAUCUUUCAUGGGAAAAACUAUUCAAGCAUGAUUAUUUUAUUAUAGGAAACCUCUGUACAUAAAAGUUUGACCUAAGUAUAUAAAAAAUGGUGCACAUUCUAGUUGUAAUUUUAUUAGUUACAAGAAAGUGAAAUUAUCUUAAAACUUUGAUAAUUUUUUUCUACUGAAAUGGUUUAUUAAAAAAGUAUUUUUUUAACUUGGGAAGAAUAAAAAGAACAAAAUAAUUUGUUAAAAUAUUAUUGUUAUGAAAAGCUAUGUUGACAUUUUGUUGCUUUGCUACUGCUAAAUGAAAUGAAUUUUUUUUUCUUGACAAAAAAAAAAAAAGCACUUGAUAUCCCUAUCAAAAUAGUGCUUAGCCAUGCCAGAAGUGUUAAAAUUACUCAAGGAUAGCAACACUUGACAAUCAUUCCUGGAUGUUUUUGUUAUUUUUCCUUUGAUGGCAGGACAUAGUGAGUGAGGUUUAAUUAGUGCUUUCUUAUAAUAUGUAUGAGUCAUUCCUGGACACCAUUGAGUACAUUGUUGUCCAACAGCCAUGUUUUAUUCUAUGAAUGUGGCAGUAGGACCGCGCCAAUGGAGAUGAAUGUACAACAAAAUUUGUUUGAGUUUUUUGUGUUGAGCUUUACUUAAAUGUGAUACCCUUGUUGUCAUGAAAAAGAUUGUUUCCUCAUACUAAGGCCUAAGGCAAACAUUUCACUAUAAGCCCUGUGUUAUAUGUUGCCUUACUGCUUAAAAUAUAUCAUUAUUUUUAAGAGCAUUAUAUUAAAUGCUGUAUGAUACUGCUGUGAAGAAAUAAAUUUUUUUUAGGCCAUCUUGUAUUUAUUGUUUAAUUGUUAAAUUUCAUCUGAAAUUUCUGUAAGUGUUUAAAAGUAAUAUUAAGAGCUGACUUAGAUACUCAGGUACCAGUAUUCAAACAUGAGGGGGAAUUUUUUGUCUUUAGUUGUUCUUUUGAAAUUAUACAUAAAUCAAAUGAAUUAUAUUUUUUCAGGUUUUAUAGAUUGUAAGUAAAGUAAGUAAAAAUUUAAUUUAUUUAUCAAAAUUUGCAAAUAAAUGGCAAAAAUAUGCACUUUACUGGGAGUAAAAGAAUAAAUUAAACAAUUUAACAUGAGUGCUUUAUACAGAUUUAAAUAUGUGCAAAUUAUUUUAAACAGCUUGUUACAAAAGGAAGCAAUUACUAAAUUACUUAUGUCUCAUGAUACUAGUAAAAAAGAAACCUUAUAAAAAAGGUUUCAACAAGGUUUCCUAACCUGGGAUCGUCUGGCAUUUCUGGGGGUGGGAGGAAAAGUGAUCAUGAAAAGGGAGAAUCCGUUUACUUUAAUCCAACGAUAUAAAUGUUUAAAUAUUUUCUAAUUUCUUUACAAUCACAGAUUUCUUUUCUAAGUUCUGAAGGUCUCUUAGUUAUUCAAUAAUUAAAAAAAAGAAAAGAAAAAGAAUUCCAUUUUUUUCCAAUUGUAAACAGCAUUGUUGUAAGAGGGUGCAAACUUAGUCCAUCAAUUUGUAGUUGGUGCAGAAUAUUUAAAAGGUUGGGAAACCCUGGUCUUAGAAUGUCAGGCUUGCAUUUUUAUUUUUUUCUCUAAAUAAAUUUGAAACUUUAAGAUUCAUCCGACACAGACGUAACUUAAGAUUCAUCUGACACAGACAUAACUUAAGAUUCAUCUGACACAGACUUAACUUAAGAUUCAUCUGACACAGACUUAAGAUUAAUCUGACACAGACUUAACUUAAGAUUAAUCUGACACCAACUUAACUUAAGAUUCAUCUGACACAGACUUAACUUAAGAUUCAUCUGACACAGACUUAAGAUUCAUCUGACACAGACUUAACUUAAGAUUCAUCUGACAAAGAUUUAACUAAAGAUUCAUCUGACAUAAAUUUAAAUUAAGAUUCAUCUGACAUAGAUUUAACUUAAGAUUCAUCCGACACUGAAAUAGAUUUAACUUUUCGACAUUUUGAGUUUAUGGCACAUUUAUGAACAUGAAAAAUAAACAUUACAUAGUACAUCAACAAAAUCCACAUUUGAGAACCACUACUCCAAUCUAUGGUAAUGUAUUUAUCAAUAAAAUAUGCAUUUACAUGACUAUAAAUUAAAAGUAUAU